AUGUGGUCGACUACUAUGGCUCGGGCCUGGAAAGAGCAUUACGGUUUUAUUGUGGUUGGGGGGGGUGCUGCCGGAAAUGUGGUUGCGGCUAGACUAGCAGAGAAUCCAAAUGUGAAGGUGCCUGUGAUUGGAAUAGGUCCUGGAAAUCCAGAUCAGGUACCAGAAUUAGCGGUCCCUGCCCGCACAGUUGAGUCGCGAAGCAGCAGGUACGACUGGAGCUAUAUAUCGACUUUUGUCGAUAGGCCGGACUAUGAACGUGUUGAGAAAACAAAUAUCAGUGCUUUUCGAAAGGCCUUAACCAAUGCCUGGGAAUCUAAGGGUCUUUCAUUGAACGAUGACAUAUUCUCUGGUGAAAUGAAAGGCCUCGCACAUGCCGUCAAUACUAUCAACAAAGGAUUCCGCUCAAGUGGUUUAGACCUUCUGGCCAGCAAGCCUAAUGUGGAUGUCAUGCCUUCAACGGUGACAAGAAAAAUCAAUUUUGAUCGGGAAAAGGCUGUCAGUGUGACUGUGAUCCGCAGUGGAUGGUUCUGA